UGGAAGGUUGGUAAAAUAAACCAUGUAGCUAUGGCUGUACCUAAUAUGGAAAAAGCAGCUUCUAUGUAUCGGGAUGUUUUAGGAGCCAAAGUUAGUGAAAAAAUGCCACAAGAAGAGCAUGGUGUUUAUACAGUGUUUGUUGAGUUGGGUGAAACUAAAAUUGAGUUAUUGCAUCCGUUAGGUGAUGAAUCCCCCAUACAGAAUUUUCUAGAUAAAAAUAAAAGUGGUGGAAUGCAUCAUAUUUGUAUAGAGGUUGACAACAUAGAAGAAGCUAUAAAAGACAUGAAAGCUAAAAAUAUCCGAACUUUGACCCCAACAUCUAAAAUAGGGGCUCAUGGGAAGCCUGUGAUAUUUCUACAUCCUAAGGACUGUAAUGGCGUCCUGGUUGAGUUAGAAGAGGCAUAG